AUGACGGCGACGACGGCAGGAACAACAACAUCGAGUGGCUUGUUAAGUGCCAAUGGGAGGAUGGGAAAUGUGGGAGUUAUUACGGGAGAGGGGAAGGGAGCUGGAGCUCCGGUUAGACAGUAUUUGAAUGAGUUUGUGACGCCGUAUUUACUAGAAGGGAUGAAGAUUAUUGCGAGGGAUCAACCGGCAAAUCCAUUGGAAGCACUGGGAAAAUAUCUUCUCCAACAAUCGCAACUCCAUGAAACGACAUCGUAUAGUGGAGGACAACAGCAACAGCAACAAGAAGGAGGGACACCGAGAGCUGAGGUGAAGAUGGAGGAGGCAGCUUAG